GCCUGGCCGCUCCCUCGUCGCCGCGGGAAGAUGCCCUUCACCCGGGGGUGCGAGCCGGGAGGAGCCGGGGCCGCCGGAGCCGCCCGCACCGUCGUGGCCGCCGCCGCCCGUGCGCUUUGAACCCCGAGAAGCACCCCCUCCCCUCCAGGGCGCCGGGAGCCUCGGCGGCGGCGGGUGCGGGUGUGGAGGUCGGCGCCCUGCCCGGCGCGGCCCAGCGGCCGAGCGCGACCACCGCCAUGGAGCGGGCUCGGGCGGCCGAGUAGCCGCCGCUCCGGCCCGGCGCCCAGUGCCGCCCGCAGCCCCGGCGCGCCGCCCGCCAGGCCCUGGGAGAAGCCGGGAGAAAAAUGAAGUUUUCUCCGCAUCCGCUGGGAACGGGACUCCCUGCACAGCCGUGACCCAGCGGGAGCGCGGGGGGAGGACAGCCGCCUCCGGGCGCGACUCGGUGCUCGGCCGCGGCCGCCGCAGGUCGCCCCCGCCCUCCUCCCGCCGCCGCCGGAGGAGUCGCCGCGGAUGCACCGGCCCAGCGGCGGUGGCGAGGAUCUGCAGCGGAUUUGGGGUUUCCCUCCCCCUUCCCGGCGUCUGGCCUGGUCCUCCCUGCUCCGCGCUCCUCCUUCCCGGGAAGCGAAUGGCUGAUGCGCCGCGGACCUAAUGAAUGAUGCAACGGGCUUCGCGUCGGGAUUAGGUUGCACGAGCUGAAUUUUGAAUGAAGGAGAAGAGCUGUUGAUCCCCCCUCUCCCCUCCCCCGAAAGAAGUGUUGACUCGUUGUACUUUUAAUUAUUAUUUUAUUUAAAUCUACGACUUAAUUGUAUUCUUUAAAAAAUGUAUCAGAUAUAUAUUUUAUGGUAACCACCCCCCCACCUAUAUGUCCAUGCGCGGAGUUGAAGACGCGGCAGUCAAGUGAGGGCAGCGGCGUGUUGGAUGUUCGGUUCAGCACCGGCGCUGCACGACCGUGGCUGGAAUCACCAGCGGUUUGUUUUUUUUAAAAAACCUCAGCUUUUAACACUUGGGCUCAAAGCCUCCCCGGAGGAGUCGCCCACCGGUCGGAGGACAGCCGGCGGGACCCGAAGCCACCAACCAUGUCCGGGGAAGUGCGCUUGCGGCAGCUGGAGCAGUUCAUCCUGGACGGGCCGGCGCGGACCAACGGGCAGUGCUUCAGCGUGGAGACCCUGCUGGACAUUCUCAUCUGCCUGUACGACGAAUGCAACAACUCUCCGCUGAGAAGGGAGAAGAACAUUCUGGAAUACCUAGAAUGGGCUAAACCAUUUACUUCUAAAGUGAAACAGAUGCGGUUACAUAGAGAAGACUUUGAAAUAUUAAAGGUGAUUGGUCGAGGAGCUUUUGGAGAGGUUGCUGUAGUGAAACUAAAAAAUGCAGAUAAGGUAUUUGCCAUGAAAAUACUGAAUAAAUGGGAAAUGCUGAAAAGAGCAGAGACGGCAUGUUUUCGUGAAGAAAGGGAUGUGUUAGUGAAUGGAGACAAUAAAUGGAUUACAACUUUGCAUUAUGCUUUCCAGGAUGACAACAACCUGUAUCUAGUUAUGGAUUAUUAUGUUGGUGGGGAUUUGCUUACUCUGCUCAGCAAAUUUGAAGAUAGAUUGCCUGAAGAUAUGGCUCGAUUUUACUUGGCUGAGAUGGUGAUAGCAAUUGAUUCCGUUCAUCAGCUGCAUUAUGUACACAGAGACAUCAAACCUGAUAAUAUAUUGAUGGAUAUGAAUGGACAUAUUCGGUUAGCAGAUUUUGGCUCUUGUCUGAAACUGAUGGAAGAUGGAACGGUUCAGUCCUCAGUGGCUGUUGGAACUCCAGAUUAUAUCUCUCCUGAAAUCCUUCAAGCCAUGGAAGAUGGAAAAGGCAGAUACGGACCCGAGUGUGACUGGUGGUCUUUGGGAGUCUGUAUGUAUGAGAUGCUUUAUGGAGAAACACCGUUUUAUGCAGAAUCUCUGGUGGAGACAUAUGGAAAAAUCAUGAAUCACAAAGAGAGGUUUCAGUUCCCACCUCAGCUGACAGAUGUGUCUGAAAAUGCCAAGGAUCUUAUUCGCAGGCUCAUCUGUAGCAGAGAACAUCGACUUGGUCAAAACGGAAUAGAAGAUUUUAAGAAACACCCAUUUUUCAGUGGAAUUGAUUGGGAUAAUAUUCAAAACUGUGAAGCACCUUAUAUUCCGGAAGUCAGUAGCCCAACAGACACAUCGAACUUCGACGUGGAUGAUGACUGUUUAAAGAAUUCAGAAACGAUGCCCCCACCAACACAUACUGCAUUUUCUGGCCACCACCUGCCAUUUGUUGGUUUUACCUAUACUAGUAGCUGUGUUCUUUCUGAUCGGAGCUGUUUAAGAGUGACAGCUGCUCCCACUUCUCUGGAUCUUGAUGCUAAUGUUCAGAGGACUCUAGACAACAACUUAGCCACCGAAGCUUAUGAAAGAAGGAUUAAACGCCUUGAACAGGAAAAGCUUGAACUUAGUAGAAAGCUUCAAGAGUCAACACAGACUGUCCAAGCUCUGCAGUAUUCAACUGUUGAUGGUCCACUAACAGCAAGCAAAGAUUUAGAAAUAAAAAGUUUAAAAGAAGAAAUUGAAAAACUAAGGAAACAAGUAAGAGAAUCCAGUCAGUUGGAACAACAACUUGAAGAAGCUAAUUCAGUGAGGCGAGAACUAGACGAUGCUUUUAGACAAAUCAAGGCUAAUGAAAAACAAAUCAAAACAUUACAACAAGAAAGAGAAGAAUUAAAUAAGGAACUAGUCCAGGCUAGUGAGCGAUUAAAAAACCAAUCCAAAGAGCUGAAAGACGCACACUGUCAGAGGAAACUGGCCAUGCAGGAAUUCAUGGAGAUCAAUGAGCGGCUAACAGAAUUGCACACCCAGAAACAGAAACUUGCUCGCCAUGUCCGAGAUAAGGAAGAAGAGGUGGACCUGGUGAUGCAAAAAGUUGAAAGCUUAAGGCAAGAACUGCGCAGAACAGAAAGAGCCAAAAAAGAGCUGGAAGUUCAUACAGAAGCUGUGGCUGCCGAAGCGUCCAAAGACAGGAAGCUGCGUGAACAGAGCGAACACUAUUCUAAGCGACUGGAAAGCGAGCUGGAGGGCCUGAAGCAAAAACAAAUUAGUUACUCACCAGGAGUGUAUAGCAUAGAACAUCAGCAAGAGAUAACUAAACUAAAGACAGAUUUGGAAAAGAAAAGUAUCUUUUAUGAAGAAGAAUUAUCCAAAAGAGAAGGAAUACAUGCAAAUGAAAUUAAAAAUCUAAAGAAAGAAUUACAUGACUCAGAAGGCCAGCAACUUGCUCUGAACAAAGAAAUUAUGAUUUUGAAAGACAAAUUGGAAAAAAACAAGAGAGAAAGUCAAAGUGAAAGGGAAGAAUUUGAAAAUGAGUUCAAACAACAGUAUGAACGAGAAAAGGUGUUAUUAACUGAAGAAAAUAAAAAACUGACCAGUGAACUUGAUAAGCUCACCGCUCUGUAUGAGAACCUAAGUGUACGCAACCGGCAGCUGGAAGAAGAAGUCAAAGACCUCGCAGACAAGAAGGAAUCAGUGGCGCAUUGGGAAGCCCAGAUCACGGAGAUCAUUCAGUGGGUCAGUGAUGAGAAGGACGCACGAGGAUACCUUCAGGCCUUAGCUUCGAAAAUGACCGAGGAGUUGGAAGCAUUAAGAAACUCCAGCUUGGGCACACGAGCAACCGAUAUGCCCUGGAAAAUGCGUCGUUUUGCGAAACUGGAUAUGUCAGCUAGACUGGAGUUACAGUCAGCUCUGGACGCAGAAAUAAGAGCCAAACAGGCCAUCCAAGAAGAGCUAAAUAAAGUUAAAGCAUCUAACAUCAUAACAGAAUGUAAACUAAAAGAUUCAGAGAAGAAGAACUUGGAACUGCUAUCAGAAAUCGAACAGCUGAUCAAGGACACCGAAGAGCUUAGAUCUGAAAAGGGUGUAGAGCGCCGAGACUCACAGCGCUCUUUCUUGGCAUUUUUGAAUACGCCUACCGAUGCUCUGGAUCAAUUUGACGAUUCCUUUUCUUCUUCCUCAUCUUCACUGAUUGAUUUUUUGGAUGACCGCUCUCCGUCCUGUACUCCAGCUAGCAAAGGCAGACGUACUGUAGACAGUUCUCCACUUCCUGUUCACACACCAACCCUAAAGAAAAAGGCAUGCCCUGGUUCAACUGGCUUUCCAUCUAAGCGCAAGACUCAUCAGUUUUUUGUCAAAUCUUUUACUGCUCCCACCAAGUGUCACCAGUGCACCUCUUUGAUGGUGGGACUGAUCCGACAGGGCUGCUCCUGUGAAGUGUGUGGAUUCUCGUGUCAUAUAACUUGCGUAAACAAAGCUCCCACCGCGUGUCCAGUUCCUCCUGAACAGACAAAAGGUCCCCUGGGUAUAGAUCCUCAGAAAGGAAUAGGAACAGCAUAUGAAGGCCAUGUCAGGAUCCCUAAGCCAGCUGGUGUGAAGAAAGGAUGGCAAAGAGCAUUGGCUGUAGUUUGUGACUUCAAACUCUUCCUGUACGAUGUUGCCGAGGGAAAGGCAUCGCAGCCCAGCGUUGUCGUCAGUCAAGUGAUUGACAUGAGGGAUGAAGAAUUUUCUGUGAGUUCAGUCUUGGCUUCUGAUGUUAUUCAUGCAAGUCGAAAAGAUAUACCCUGUAUAUUUAGAGUCACAAUGUCCCAGCUCUCAGCACCUAAUAACAAAUGCUCGAUCCUGAUGCUGGCAGAUAGUGAGAAUGAGAAGAGCAAGUGGGUGGGAGUGCUGAGUGAAUUACAGAAAAUUUUGAAGAAGAACAAAUUCAGAGACCGCUCCGUCUAUGUUCCCAAAGAGGCUUAUGACAGCACGCUGCCCCUCAUUAAAACCACCCAGGCCGCGGCAAUCAUAGAUCAUGAAAGGAUAGCUUUGGGAAAUGAAGAAGGUUUAUUUGUUGUGCAUGUCACCAAAGAUGAAAUUAUUCGAGUUGGUGACAAUAAGAAGAUUCAUCAGAUUGAACUCAUUCCAAAUGAUCAGCUCGUUGCUGUGAUCUCAGGACGAAACCGUCACGUACGACUUUUUCCUAUGUCAGCUUUGGACGGACGAGAGACUGAGUUUUACAAGCUGGCGGAAACUAAAGGGUGUCAAACCAUAACUUCUGGGAAACUUCGUCACGGCACGCUCACCUGCCUGUGUGUGGCGAUGAAAAGGCAGGUCCUCUGUUACGAACUAUUUCAGAGCAAGACCCGUCACAGAAAAUUUAAGGAAAUUCAAGUCCCGUGUAAUGUCCAGUGGAUGGCAGUCUUCAGUGAACACCUCUGUGUGGGAUUCCAGUCGGGAUUUCAGAGAUACCCCUUGAAUGGAGAAGGAACUUCAUGCAGUAUGCUCCAUUCGAGUGACCACACGCUGGCCUUUGUCACACAUCAGCCCCUGGACGCCAUCUGCGCCGUGGAGAUCUCCAGUAAAGAAUACCUGCUGUGUUUUAGCAGCAUCGGGCUCUACACCGACUGCCAGGGCCGCAGGUCUAGGCAGCAGGAGCUGACGUGGCCAGCUAACCCUUCCUCCUGUUGCUACAAUGCCCCCUACCUGUCCGUGUACAGUGAAAACGCGGUGGACGUCUUCGAUGUGAACUCCAUGGAGUGGAUUCAGACGCUCCCACUCAAAAAGGUUCGACCCUUAAACAGUGAAGGAUCAUUAAAUCUUUUAGGCUUGGAGACGAUUAGAUUAAUUUAUUUCAAAAAUAAGAUGGCAGAAGGGGAUGAACUGGUAGUUCCUGAAACCACAGAUAACAGUCGAAAACAAAUGGUUAGAAAUAUUAACAACAAGCGGCGUUACUCCUUCAGGGUCCCGGAAGAGGAAAGGAUGCAACAGAGGAGAGAGAUGCUACGAGAUCCUGAAAUGAGAAAUAAAUUAAUUUCUAACCCAACUAAUUUUAACCACAUAGCACACAUGGGUCCAGGAGAUGGAAUACAGAUCCUAAAAGACCUGCCCAUGCCAGGCUUCCCCUAUCCAUCCCCUCAUCAUCACUCCGGUCUGAUCUCCUCUCCGAUCAACUUUGAGCACAUCUAUCACAUGACUGUUAAUUCUGCUGAAAAGUUUCUCUUUCCUGAUUCCGUAAACUCUGCGCAUUCCCCGUCUCUGCGCUCUGUCCCCGGUACACCCAGCUUUAUGGCUCUGAGGAACCCUCGGCCUCAGGAAAGCCGGACCGUGUUCAGCGGCUCAGUCAGUAUUCCCUCCAUCACCAAGUCCCGCCCCGAGCCCGGCCGCUCCAUGAGCGCCAGCAGCGGCCUGUCGGCAAGGUCCUCCGCACAGAACGGCAGCGCCCUGAAGAGAGAGUUCUCGGGAGGAAGCUACAGCGCCCAGCGCCAGCCCCUGCCGUCGCCCUCCGAGGGCUCCCUGUCGUCGGGAGGCAUGGACCAAGGCAGCGACGCCCCGGCCAGGGACUAUGACGGGGAGGACUCCGACUCCCCGAGGCAUUCCACGGCGUCCAACAGCUCCAACCUGAGCAGCCCGCCCAGCCCCGAGUCGCCGCGCAAGACCCAGAGCCUCUCCCUGGAGAGCACCGACCGCGGGGCCUGGGACCCGUGACCUGUUUGGCCCAGAGCAGACAGCUGCUUCUCUCUUAGGCCCCUUCCCCUCCUCCCUCCCCUCUGCCCCACGCGCCUGCCAGGCUGGGAGCAGGGCCAGUGGGGCUCAGGGUGUGGGCGGCUCCGGCCCUCGCCCUCCCGCACUGCAGCCCCGGCGGCCGCCCCAGGCGCUUGGCUGACUGGUUUCAUUUCAGGCCCUUGCAGCCGCCUCCCGUCAUGCCCUCCCCCCGUAGCUUCCGUAGGCGGAGGACAGUGAGCCCGUGCGAUCGAGUCAGCGGCCGCUGUGCCCAGUAGUUUCUAGUCCCCACACAGCACACGCCCCCGGGCGCGGCCCCCGCCCUCGGCGCCCAGCGACCGUCCUGCCCGUCGCCAGUGAAUCCCAUGGACUAAACGAUGCUGAUCUCACUGCAGCCCCGAGUGUGAGUGCACAUGCAGAGGUGGUGCUGGAUGUACACAGCGAAGAGCAUCUUGUAUUCGAUGACAGAUGGAUGCAUAUAUAAGAGAGCGAUCAUUUAAUUUAAA